AUGGCACCAUCCUUGCCUGGAACAGCAAGUCGUCGCUCUGUUACACGUGGCUCUAGCUCGUCGUCCACGCCGUCUGUAAAGCGUGAAGGAUCAGUCAAACGCGAAGCACGUUCCUCCAGGGCAUCCUCUGUUAAGAAACAGGACUCAGAUUCGGAAGGCCAUGAAAGCAGUCCAGUCCCUACGAAGUCUCGUUCUAGAAAGGCCAGUGACCGUACAGGAGGACACUCAGUGGGCGAGGAGUCCCAGGAACAGAAUGGUGGAGAUGAAGGAAGUGACGACGAUGAGAGCAAGAAAGAUGACAACGAUGAAGAAAGUGGCGCAAAUGACAGCGGUGGUGAGGAAAAUACUGAUGAGCCCCCAGCAGACUUGGAGGAGAUUGAGGGAGAGAUUGAUGAAGCGGGCGAAACCAAGAUUACAAAAAAUGGCGAGCUCCUUGGAGGCCGACAAUACAGAUGCAGGAGCUUCAAAUUACCAGAUAGAGGAGACAGGAUCUAUAUGUUAUCCAUGGAUCCAGCACGUGUUCUUGGGUUCAGAGAUAGCUAUCUGUUCUUCCUACGAAAUCCUCAGCUUGUACGUGUCAACACAACUGUAGAGGAGAGGCAGUGGAUGAUUGAAAACGGGAUGCUCAUGGCCAAUUUCAAAUCAAAGCUCAUUGCGGUCGUCACAGCGCGUUCAAUUUUCAAAUCGUUUGGUGCCAGAAUCAUCAAGGGCGGCAGGAGUCGUGUGGAUGAUUAUUACGAAUCUAGAGCAGGAGAAAAUGAAGCUGUGGAUGAAUUCGAAGGCGAUGGUGCAUCUCGUGCGGGGGAAGAUCUAGCAAGCGGUAGUCAUCAGUCCUCUAGUGAAGUGAUAGCUGGGCAAUCAUGGGGAUCGAAACGCAAGCUCAUGCGUGAUGACUCAGCACGUGUGAUAACGGACCUUAAUUGGCAGUAUGAGAGCGCAUUGGCGGUUCGUGCGCUUAAUACGCGUCUCAAAGAUCUUCGAAAGGAUAAUCCUAAAUUCUUGGACCCUCACACUAAUGUUGAGCAGAUCCCAACAUUACUUCAACCCAACAAGUGUGAGGUUCAAGUGGUCUCAUGGACAGCCGCAGAAAUUAGUGAUCAAUUGCGACAGCCCUCUACUGCAUUCAUAGGACCGGAUGAACAGUCAUCAGCAGCACAUACAGGAGUGGCAACAGCGACGAGGGCUAUACUCUCUGCACCUCAUUCUAUUGGACCGCUUGUUGACACGUCUGUGAAAGUUAAUAUUAGAGCAGGAGUACCACCACCGCCCAUGAUCCAUGAUCCUAGUAUCUGGGCAGUCAUCCCAGAAGACAUCCGCCAGGCGUUAGAAGAUGCAGAGAAUACAACAGGGAUUUUUGAGGACUAUGGAAACGAAGAUUUGACGAAAUAUCCCAUAUCAAUCUUGAGCGGUCAGUAUCAGGCAUCGUAUCCUAUCCAUCAAUCACGUUUCCAACAGCCAUACAGAAUCACUCUGCCUCAAAGUAUGGCAUCGCACGCUCAUUAUAUACAUCAUCUCUGGACAGGUCAGUCAAUAGAGGAGAAAUCGGCUGUGACAGGGAUACUGCUGAAAGAGCAUCCCCUUGCUCAGCAUCGAGAUCAGCCAACACAGCCUACUUCAAUAUCGACCCGUCAACUUGGCUAUCAGCAGGUUGAUUCCCAAUUGCAGCAACCACAGCAAAAGCAGAGGCAACACCAACGAAGCCAGCUGAUUACAUCACAACAUCAAGUUCCUAUUCAGUACUAA